UGUUGUACAUUCGUUCAACUGUAUCUUCAAGAGCUGUAUAAAAUGAAGCUUCAAUCGAGAUGAUACUGGUCAGUUGGACACGAAUCUUUGUAUGAAGAUGUUCAAACUAUUGAUAAUUUGUCUAUGUAUCUACGGAGCGACGAGUACUCCUACGAUUUUAUACUCAAAGCCCACUAUAAACGUCGAAGAACAUCAAAUACCUGCAGGGUCGGACGUUGAAUCCCUUGUGGAAAAAUCGUCUGACUCAAAGCCUGGAAUGUCAACACAGUUUAAAUUACCCGGAACUAAUAAUAACGCUGAGAAGAUUCAAGUCUAUCCGCAGUAUUUACCCGGAACGGAAAAUCUUGCGGAAAAAGCUUUACCAGAACCUGUCAUACGACAAAUUGGACACUCUACUCAUAAUUGAAAUCUGGAAAAACCCUAAACUAAUUUAUUAUUAAUCAACUAACUACUUAAUGAUUUUUUAUGGAAUUAUUUUAUGACCUAACCGAUUGAUUUAUAUUUAUAUUUAUAUA